AUGAUAAAUUUAUUUGUUAUCGUGUCUAUUCUAAUUGCUACUUUCCUCUUUAACUUGGAUAAUGGCACUUCAAUCACCAUUUCUACAUCCGCGGCUUCCUCCUUGGGUAAGGCACACAGCUUAAAUGCAGUUACUGCCAUCACCGCUAUUCUCUUGGCCACUGGCAAGCCUUUCUUCGGCAAGUUGUCCCAAGUCAUCGGUAGACCCAAAUCCCUUUUUAUCUCAAUGUUCCUCAUAUCUUCAGGCUAUGCUAUUUGCUCAUUUAGCAACUCUAUUUCCUCUCUCGGCCUUGGUCUCUGUAUAUGGCAGAUGGGUGUCUCUGGCUUCCAUAUCACCCUCCAAGUCGUCAUAGCAGACGCUACGUCUCUCAGAUACCGCUCUUUCUUCUCUGUUAUCACAAACUCUGGCUGGUUUUUCAUUCUCUUCUACUUUAAUGGCCAGAUUUCAAACUACUUUACUCAUAAUUGGCGUUGGGGCUUUGUUUUUUUUGCCUUGGCUUAUAUACCCGCCUUGUUGCCGCUUGUUGUCACUUUGUCAUUUCAACAGCGGCGUAUUAGGCUGCGCAAUAGCAAGUCUACCUCUUCCUCCGCCAAUCUCCUUCCCAAGCCUUCUCAGACGCUGUCUCAUUCGCUCUCAAUCUCCCCACCAUCCACCAAACGCCUCGUCCGCUUCUUGUCGGAUGUGGAUAUUGUUGGCCUCUAUCUCCUCAUCAGCGCGCUAGUGUACAUAUUCCUGCCCAUCAUCCUGGCUAACCAGGUGGAUAAUCUCAAGUGGGAUGGUGUGACUAUACCCUCGAUGCUUGUCGCCGGUGUGGCUAUUAUAAUUCCUGCCUUCCUUUACUGGGAGACCUAUUGCGCUAGACACCCCGUCCUCCCUCUCCGUUUCCUCAAGAAUAGGACUAUAGCAGUGGUUUGCAUAAUCAACUAUUUCGACUUCACGUCGUUCUAUAUGGCCUUUUCCCAACUGCUAUACUUUGUGCAAGUCGUAACAGACUGGAGUACGCAAGACAUCAACUACUACAUCUACACACAGGCGCUGACGAUGACAUUCAGCGCGAUUACGUGGUCGGUGGUAGCCUUCAUCUGGCAGAUCAGAUGGAAGGCGUCGGUGAGUGUAGCGUUGGUUGUGAGACUCAUCGGUAUCACGCUCAUGCUGUAUGCACGCAACCACCCCACACCAGCUAUGCUAGCAUUGACGCAGAUCCUGCAGGGUGCAGGCGGGGGGAUUGUGGCUGUUGCUACGCAAGUGGGGGCGCAAGGAGCCGUGCAGGGAAGUGAUCUUGCCAUGGCCACCGCGAGUGUGUUACUAUUUGCAGAAAUGGGUAAUGUCACAGGCCAGUCUAUUGCAUCGGCAAUAAAUGUGCAGUAUUUACCAAGAUUCAUUAAAACACUCCUCCCCCACUUCUCGGCUGAGGAUGUGGCGCGGUAUAUUGGAGAUCCCUCCCAAACUAGACUGUUGGGGGCGGUAGAGAGGAGUAAAAUGGCAGAGGCGUUCAGCAGCAACAUGAAACUACUCGUAUUACCUGCAGCUCUGCUCUCUGUAAUUCCGAUCAUGGCUAGUCGAUUCAUUCGGGAUUUUCAUCUCGACCAGAGACAUAAUAUUCUUGAGACUCACGCUGGAUUGAGACAGACACAGUCUCAGUCUCGCGGGAGCUUCGACAGUCUUGGCGAUUUGGAGGAUUUGAGUGGUAGUGAAGAAGUGGAUGUGGAUAGAAUAUCCUACUCACACUCGCACUCACACCCCCACACCCUCGAUAGACACUUCGACCACGCCCUAAAUACUUACACUUCCAUAGAUACUCUGCGAUCUCAUGGCAAUGCGGCUGCUUCAUCGAGCAGAAACGUGUCGAGAGAUAACGAAAACAGCGAUGACCAAGAUAGCGAUGAUAUUAGAACACAGCGAUAA